UUCUAUGACGAGAUUGAGAUAGAAGACUUCGCGUGGGAUCCCCAUGCCAAAGUAUUCCACUACCCUUGCCCCUGUGGGGAUAGAUUCGAAAUCACAAAGGCUCAACUGAGAGACGGAGAGGAAAUCGCGACCUGUCCCAGUUGCAGUCUCACUUUGCGAGUGAUAUACGACUAUCUCGACUGGGAAGACUAUUCAACGUCGGAUUCCUCAAUGGGU